AUGAAUCUCUUAUGUGUUGGAUCCCUUUUCCCCCCCUUCCUGAGUGCUGUUUCUAGUUCAGGUAGGGAUGCUGUGCGGACCAUUCCAUCGUCUGUCCCAGGCUUAUGGAGAACCGCUGACUUGCUGCCUUCCAGGAUCCAGGGUGCUGAAAUGGAACAUAUUCUUUUGAUCCUUUUAAUAAUUAUUAAGGCUGAGUCAGUCGGAGCUCAAUUCAAUGGAUACAACUGUGACGGCAACUUUCACAGCCGCUUCCCAGCCGAGAGGGAUAUCAGUGUGUACUGUGGAGUGCAGACCAUCACCCUUAAGAUCAAUUUUUGCCCUGUCCUCUUUUCCGGCUACACCGACACUGACCUGGCCCUCAAUGGUCGUCAUGGAGACGCCCACUGCCGCGGAUUCAUCAAUAACAACACCUUUCCUACCGUGGUCAUCUUCAGUAUCAGCCUGGCCACACUGGAGUCGUGUGGCAAUUCUCUGGUGGUCUCCACAGCCCAAGGACCCAACGCUUAUGGGAACCUGUCACUGGUGCAGAUUGGAAACAUUUCAGGGUAUAUCGACACACCAGACCCCCCUUACAUUAUAAGCUACCUGCCAGGUCUGCUAUACAAGUUCAGCUGCAGUUACCCGCUGGAAUACCUGGUCAACAACACUCAGCUGGCCUCGUCAGCAGCUGCGAUCUCAGUGAAGGACAGCAACGGUACUUUCAUCAGCACGUUGAAUUUACUGCUCUACAAUGACUCAUCAUACGUUCAGCAGCUGUCCAUCCCCAUGGCAGGACUGACCCUGAAGACAAGGGUGUUUGCAGCUGUGAAAGCUUCUAACCUGGACAAGAGAUGGAACAUUCUGAUGGAUUACUGUUAUACCACACCUUCUGGAAACCCAAACGAUGACCUACGCUAUGAUCUUUUCUUUAGCUGUGAAAAAGACCCCCAGACUACCGUCUUUGAAAAUGGGAAGAGCCAAAUGGGCCGCUUUGCCUUUGAAGUAUUCCGCUUUGUAAAGCACAAGAACCAGAAGAUGUCCACCGUCUUCCUCCACUGUGUCACCAAGCUGUGUCGAUCCGAUGACUGCCCCAUGCUCAUGCCAAUCUGUGGAAGCAGGAAAAAGAGAGAUGUUCUCGAGAGAAAGGAAUCAAAUGGUGUAUCUGGGAAUGCCGUCCUGACUGCCGGGCCUAUCAUCACCCGGAGUGACGAAACACCAACCAACAACUCUCAGCUGGCCAACCUGAAAGCUCCAGUGUUUCAGAUGAACACAGUGACCAGCGCCCUCAUAUCGGGCGUCAUCAUCCUGGGGGUUAUGAGCGUGUGCUUCUUCAUCUUCUCUCUCACCCUCCUCAAAGGAAAGAGUGCUCCUGUAAGCACCCUGACCUCAGGCGCCCGUAACCCAGCCUUCAACUGA